AUGCGAAAAGUACCGGCCGCGGUGAUGGACCGUUGGCCUGCGCCCAACUUCGUUAAUCCGGAGUCGCAGGCCAACAAGAUGCUGAUUUCCAUCUAUAUCUGCAUAAUAAUCAUCAUCUUCGUGCUCUUGCUUCGGCUGUACUCUAGAAUAUACGUCGCAAAAUUCUUUGGAAUGGACGACUGGAUGAUUGUGCCCGCUGCUAUCACGGCCAUCGGGUACGGGAUCAACGCAAUUGUCGCCAUCGACCACGGCUGGUACAAACACAUAUGGGACCUCCGACCACAUGAACUAAUGAUGGCUCGAAAACUCGUCAUCGCAUCCAACCUGACCGGAUUGUACACAGCCGGUUGUACAAAACUUUCUGUCCUUCUCCUAUACCACCGAAUCGCGCCGGCAUAUUCUCGAUUUCAAUAUCUAGUCUGGUUCUUUACUGGACUCGCCAUCCUUUGGAUCAUCAGCUUUACCGCCGCGAACUUCCUGCUGUGUAUCCCGCUUCAUGCGUAUUGGGAUCUCAAUUACGAUGGUCCGCAGUCGUGCUUUGUGGAGGUGCCCUACUUUGUCGCCUUCGCAGGAAUCGAUCUCUUCCUAGAUACCGCCAUAUUCAUCCUGCCUCUACCGCUGGUCAUCCCACUUCGUUUACCGAAGCGUCAGAAGAUGAUCCUUGGAGCUGUGUUUGGGAUUGGGAUUUUCGCGGUCGUUGCAGCAGCCCUUCGGUUACCAAGCCUUGUUCGGGUAACGGAAUCAUUUGAUCUAACCUGGGAAAUCUACGAUGCUGCCCUCUGGACCCUUGUCGAAGCCACCGUGGGCAUCUUCUGCGCCUCCGUCCCCGCCCUGAAGCCCCUCGUCCAGAAAUACACCCCCGCCAUCCUCGGCACCAUGGGCAACGGGAAUCUCACGGGGAGCGGCCACAUCAAUAGCGGGAUGUACCCGAACAGCCAACCGGCGUUCAGCCGCGCCGACUCGCGGGCAUACAGCGAGCAGGCGUGGAGCCGCACGCGGUCGCGAACCCUCAGCGAGCCGACCUACAGUCGCGAGCUGUCGCGGACACAGAGCGGCAACGUUGUUUUCAGCGACAUCGAGCGGGGGAAGGGGUCUGGGGAGUUGGAGAGCGUGAUCCUGACGCGGAUCGAGCUGGCGGGGCGGGUGCGGGAAAGCACCGACAGUUCGCAGCGAUUGGUGUCGCCGCGGCGUAUGGUUUGA